AUGUAUUUGGAAAACCCUAAGCCUUGGUGGCUAUACACACAUGAGCUGGAGAACAAAAUCUCACGUUUGGAAGAGGAAAAUGAAAGACCCAAGAGGCAGAAGUGUUCGCAAGAAAAAUUUAUGGCAUUGGAAGUUACCCAAAUUCUGUUGAAUGCACAAGUUGUUGAUGGAUCUGUUCGGAAGCAUCCUCUAAACCACAAGCAAGUCAUGGCGACUAUGGUUCAUGAAGGAUCUUAUUUUCAUGAGGCUCAAUUUGAUUCAAAGAUGAAAGAGUUUAAUAACUGUUCUAUCCCCCUUACAUAUCAAGUGGUAGAAAUCAACCCUUCAGAGAGUGCAGAUGCAGAUCCCUUAUCAGUUACAAAACCUGCCAGAUCUGGAAAAUUUAGCUUUAGGGGUAGUUUUAGUCUCUUAAAGCCAAAAUCAACUAGCUCAAGGAGGAACAUCCAAGUUCUAGAAGUAAUUGACCAUACUACCCCUACUCCCAACAUGUUUUCCCCACAGGACUAUGUGGGACAAGGGGGAAAUAUGUUGUUUUCCUCUCGAAAUGAUGCCUAUCUUUCACCUCGUGUGGGUAUAGCUGUUGCCACUCAGAAUUUUGAUGUUUUUAGUGCUGGACUAUCACUUCUUGAGCUCGAAAAGAAGAAGUUAAUGGAGUUGAUUUCACAAAAGGAUAAUAGAAGUCCAGAUGCUGCUAAAGCAAGCUCAAGUGUUACCAAAGACUGUGAUUUCAUGUCUCCUAAGCUUAGUGAUUGGUCACGUAGAGGUUCAGAAGACAUGCUUGAUUGUUUUCUUGAUCAAGGCGAUAAUUCUGUAUCAAUGGAUGAUCUUAAAGCUCACCCCUCUCUGUCAUGUAGGACCCACUUUGGUCCUAAAUCUGACCAAGGAAUGACCACAUCAUCUGCUGGCAGCAUGACUCCUAGGUCGCCAUUGAUGACACCAAAAACCAGCCAGAUAGACUUGUUAUUCGCAGGGAAGGGUGCCUAUUAUGAACAUGAUGACCUUCCACAGAUGAAUGAGCUUGCUGAUAUUGCUCGAUGUGUUGGCAAUACGCCAUUGGAUGAUGACCGAUCUUUGUCGUAUCUACUGACGUGUCUUGAUGACGUAAGAGUCGUGAUCGACCGGAGAAAUUUUGAUGCCCUGACCGUUGAGACAUUUGGAGCACGCAUAGAGAAUCUUAUUCGGUGA